AUGGAGACAAGGGAGGACAAAUCCCUGUAUCAGAACCUCAUGGAAGAAGCCGUUUUGAGCAGCUCCAUAGCACAGGAAACCAACAGGGAGAAAAAGCGACGGAUAUCUGACAGGAGGAAGGACUCCAAACCCAUCUCAGGGUGCAACAAGGAGGAAAGACCCACCCUGUGCCAAGAAGGUGGACAGAACUUCAGCCAGAGCAACACCCCUGCCCAGCACCAGAUCAUCCACACUGGGGAGUCACCCUAUGAGUGUCCCGAGUGUGGAAAGAAGUUUCAGAGAAGCUCCAAUCUCCUCGUGCACCAGCAGAUUCACACAAAGAAGAGGCCCUUCCACUGCCCCAGCUGCACGAAGGACUUCAAGCACAACUCUACCCUCAUCAUUCACCAGCACAUCCACACUGGGGAAAUGCCCUACAAAUGUGCAGAAUGCAGGAAGGGCUUCCACCAGAGUUUCCAACUGAUCAUCCACCAAAUGAUCCACAAUGGGAAGAGGCCCUACCAGUGUGGGGAAUGUAGGAUGAGCUUCAGCAUAAGCUCCCACCUGAUCCAAACCUGGGGAUCCAAACCAGGGAAUGGCCCUACACAUAUCCCGCUUCUAGGGAAGAGCUUGUCCAGGAGCUCUCACUUGAGCAGACACCAACAGAGACACCGUUAA